CUCCCCGUCUCUUCCCCCCCAUCUUUGAGUCUCCUCUGAGUCCCCGCGAAGUCAGUCAUCGGUCUUCUCGCGAGAGUGCGGAGGCGCUGAGCCGGCUGCUGAAGAGCGGGUGCUGGUGGUGGCUGCCGAGUGUGCGGGCGCCUUGGUUUUCAGACUGGUGACAUUGCAGCAAUGGCAGAGUAUGGAAUCUCAACCGGGCAGCGUGUGGUGGUGAUCUGGGAUAGGUCAUCUCCAGUGGAAGCUUUGAAAAGUCUGGUGGAUAAACUGCAGGAACUUGCUGGUGAUGAGAGUCAUGUAUUUGUGGAAAACAUCAACCAACUGUUACAAUCUGCUCACAAAGAAUCCAGCUUUGAUGUUGUUCUGUCAGGUCUGGUUCCAGGAAGUACAACACUGCAUAGCACUGAGAUUUUGGCAGAAAUUGCUAGGAUCCUUCGACCAGGUGGGCAAGUCCUUUUGAAAGAGCCAGUGGAGACAACUUCAGUUAAUGAAAGCAAAGUGAAGACAGCAGCUAAGUUAUGCUCAACUCUGACACUCUCUGGGCUUGUGGAAGUGAAGGAGUUGCAGAAGGACUCCUUAACCCCAGAGGAGGUCCAGUCAGUACAGGAGCACCUGGGUUACCAAAGUGACAGCUUGGUCUCUAUUCAAAUCACAGGCAAAAAACCAAACUUUGAAGUAGGCUCUUCUACCCAGCUUAAACUUUCCUUUCCCAAGAAGUCUGCUGUGUCAGAGAAACCUGCCGUGGAUCCUAAUGCUGUUAAGCUGUGGACACUUUCAGCCAAUGACAUGAAUGAUGAUGGCAUGGAUCUCAUUGAUUCUGAUGAACUCUUGGAUCCAGAAGAUUUGAAGAAGCCAGAUCCAGCUUCCCUACGGGCUACUUCAUGUGGAGAAGGGACAAAAAGGAAGGCCUGUAAAAAUUGCACGUGUGGCCUAGCAGAAGAACUGGAGCAGGAGAAAUCAAAGGAGCAGAAGAGAUCCCAACCCAAGUCAGCUUGUGGAAAUUGUUAUUUGGGUGAUGCCUUCCGCUGUGCCAGCUGCCCCUACCUUGGGAUGCCAGCCUUUAAACCUGGGGAGAAAAUCCUCUUGAGUGAAAAAAAUCUUCAUGAUGCCUAAGGCAAAAUCACUGGGACUUGUGGGGGUUAUUCCAUUCCAAAAACUGACUCCAGCAUUCACUUCAACAACCCUUCAAGCCCUGCCUUGUCUCAUGCCUCUCUGGUUCUGCCUACACUCUGUGUUAGGAUACUAGAUGGGGUUGGCCUGGUGGACACACAGAAAUUUGGGUAUAUAUGCUGCUAUGAACCAAAGGACUGAGAUAUAAUCAGCCAGAUUAAUUUGUGUUGGGCUGUCUGAUUCUUCAGUGGGACUUAAACUGGAGGUGUAGGGAACUUCCAUCUAAUUAAUGCUGGCAGAAAGGAGAGAUACACUGGAAGUUACUCUCUUCGUAUUAGCAUUUGGUAACCUGAUCACACUGUAUUUGGGACCUGAACCCAACCUCCCUGUCAGCUUGGAUCAUAAUACCCUUGAACGUAGUUAUCCUUUAGUAUUAAGCUUCUGUGAUGUAUCACCAGACCACAGAUCUGCCUCCUAAGUUUAUCGAUAACUAGCUACUUGUUCUGUGAGCAGCCACAUUUGUUCAGUAUGUAGUUAUUGGAAAAGAUAGCCAAGUGUUGUAAGAACUCCUUACAGUAACUAGCUUCCAAUCCAGCUGGAUAUCUGAAACCUUUUGAACCUUCAUAUUUUUGAAUCAAACUCAGCCUCACUCUUUCAGAUCAUUGUUAUUGGGAUUUGGCCAUUAGUGAAUUAGCAUUAGAGCUGUGUCCUUUUUCCAUAAUGGUGAAUUUGUAGGUGUUAGAAUAAUGUACUCUUAUAUACCAGCUCCUGGGGUGUGUGUGUGUGUGUGUGUGUGUGUGUGUGUGUGUGUGUGUGUGUGUGUGUGUGUGUGUGUGUGUGUGUGUGUGUGUGUGUGAGAGAAAGAACUGCACAUGUGAAUAUAGUGUACUGCUUUGUACCAGCUCUAGGGGUGGGUGUGGGUGGGUGUUUGUAUGUGUGUGUGUGUGUGUGGGUGGGUGUAAGAACUGACCCUACAGUAACCAAGAAAACACUUUCACCUCAGUGAGGGACCUAAGCUCACUUCUGUCUUUCGAUAGCACAUUCAUAUUUAUUAUCAUAUCUGAUGCCACAUCAGGGAGUCAGUGUCAUAAACAAAUAACCCUUCAGCUAUGGAAUGGAGUGGCCUUUCUUCAUCUACCCAGAACUGUUCUGUGUGGGAUCUGGACAUCAGGACUCAAACCAGCUAUAACUUACUUGGUGCAAGAUUGACUUUUGUCUUUCUUCCUAUUGACCUGUAAGGACUAGGAUCCGAUUUUGCCAAAUGUUGACAAAUGUGCGGAUUUAGGGGAACUGGAAUUUCAGCUGUGUGAUAAAUAAAGUGUUUUAAAUAGUCUUACUCCUUGAAA